AUGAAGAAGAUUGUUUGUGUAGCAGUUGUUGGAAAAGCAAAUGAUCCAUUAUAUUUUCAAGACUUUUCAGGUGGUACUGAAGAGAAUAGAUUGAAACUACAUUAUAUUGUACAUUGUUCAUUGGAUAUCAUUGAAGACAAACCCGGUGUAAAGAAAGUUUCAAACGAUAUGUAUUUGGGUUUGCUAUACCCAACAGAGGAUUACAAGGUAUAUGGAUUCUUGACAAAUACAAAGAUAAAGUUUAUCAUCGUAGUAUUAGAUACUACUGAUAUCAAAGAUUCUGAUAUUAAAGUUUUACAUUUACGUUAUGUAAGAACAGCAAGCAAUCCAUUCUACAAAGCAAAUAAAAAGAUUGAAUCAAAGAUCUUUCAAAAUGAUGUAGCUGCCAUUGUACAAUCCCUGUAA